GCAACACAUACAGAAAAUAAACAUGUUACACGAUGGCCACAGUGAGUUUGUGGUCCUUACGGAGGUGGUUCGCAAACAGUAUGUUCUCUAUUUGGAGCGCCAGCUGCAGGAGAAUGUGUGCGCGUGGGCCAGCAAAUCCCGGAAUCACCACAAACCCACUGCCUGGUCCUGUAUUCCCGCCAGCCUGUAUCAACUGGAGGACAAGGCGAAACAGGCCUGCCUGGCGGCACAAAUAUAUCAAAGGGCCAUGGUUAAGACGAUUGCCGCAGUACGCAGGAACACGCAGGAGUGUCGGCUGGCCAACAUCCUGUUUGACCAAAUGCAGCUUGCAGCGGGAGAGGAUCAAGUAUCCACCAAGACUGGACUUUUCCUGGUGGACAAGGCCACGCAAACAAAUGAAAUGCCAGUCCAAAAUGGUCAUGAGAAUUCCGAUGAGGAGGAUAGCCCCGAGCUGAGUCGAAAAAUCGAUAUGUUUCAGGCUAGACUUAAAGAGCAGGAAGUCCAAAAAGAGCCGCUUUGCACGCGUUGUCGCAGGAGGAACAUAGAGCAGGAGCAGGAUUCCAAGCCUCUUGUCCAGCCAAGCUCGCCCUUUUCCGAAACCGAAGAUGCAGUGGCCCAGGAACUGGCCAUGCUGUUUGGCGAUGAGCCCACCGAUCUGAAUGACAUCUUUGGCAUCCAGCCCACCGCUGUUAACGAUGAUCCGCAAAUUUCGGCCAUACUGGACGAGAUUGAAAACGCCGAACUGCCCAGUCCCAAAACACAGACGGAAUCCCCAACAGCCACAGCCACACCCUCAAGGGAGCAGCACAGCCAAGUGGAUCUUGGCCAGAGCCGGUGGCCCUGCGAACUCUACGCCCAGAGGAGGCGGCUCAAUGCCUGCCUAAUUCGCUUGCUGGAGGCGGAUUGGCGCUGCGAGAAUCGUUUGAGACACAGGUUCCACCUCUUAUUCGGCGAGAACAGCGAUGAUGAGUUCGCCACCGAUAUAUCCAGCCCUUCCAUCGAUCUGGUGGACGAAGUUCUACUUUCCAGCUGUGUGCUUCGUAUUCGACCCUGGAUCGUGCGUCAUUUAAUGAGCCCCCUGGCGGAGGGCCUAAUCGCCAACCGAUUUCUGUUCAAAAAGCUGGCCAAACUGCUGGCCCACUCUAUUGUCAUGGUCAAUCCCUAUUGCUCCGAGCAGCAGAUUAAGCAAGCCGUGGAGUAUCUGUUUUGCCUAAGGCCAAGAGGAGUGCAGAGCGCCUAUGAUCUGGACAAUCUGCCGCCUUUAGAUGUGCCGAAAUUUGAAUUUGAAUUUAAUAAGAUUAGUAAGUUAACUUAAAAUUUAAUAAGCAAAAUGUUUCUCAGUUAUGUGCAAGUUGAAUUUAGCAAGAGCUCCUUUAUCAGUAUAUAUUAUUAUUACUAAAACAAAAUUUAUGAUCUGAAAGAACCAUCUUCCAUAUCCUUACCCUGAGAUGUUAAAUAAGAUUAGUAGUUCAGCUUAAGCCGUAGUUUUAGAAGCUUUAAGAUGAAUCCUAAAUCUCAGGAGAAGAAUAUAGUCUAAGGAUAACUCAAGCAAUUUUUAAAAGGGAAUAUGUUUCUUAUUAAGGUUCAAGUCGAGGGAAUCUUUUAAAUAUUAGUUAACUACGAUCUUUUAAAACAUUUUUUUUCCUUAAGCGCUAUUAUGUAAAAUACCUAUCUUCCAUAUCCUUACGCUGAAAAUCGCGUAUGAAGUUAAGCCAAAGCACACUUAACAACGAUGUUUUGUGGUUUCUUUAAAUUAUAAUUAAUUC